AUGUUUCCUACUUGUGUUGAUUGUGUAUUGAAAACACUGGAACUGCAGCUGGCCGAUCCAUGCUUAACUCUUCCAAGGAAACAUCCAAUCCAAAAUCUUCAGAUGGAGUUAAGGUUCCUGAAGUGCUAUUUCUGGUGCUUUUCAACGCUUGCAGGUGCGGAUUUGAACUUUCCCAUGAACAAUGUUUGGGCCGGAAUUGAUUUUAGUCUUUCUAUAAACUACAAGAGAUAUUAUACACAUUUCGAUAGUGCUGUGUCCACAGCACUAGCAAAAGUUCAGCUUUAUAAGCCAAAGAUCAGAAAAUCCUGUAUUGCUUUUUUAGAACGCUCAUCUGUAUUAAUCCAGCCUCGCAAGAUUUAUGAUAUGGUUGAAUUCCUAGACUGCAUCAUCGAGAAUCUGGAGUAUCUUGUCAGCUCAAAAUACAACAUGAAUCUUCGGGUGAAGGAGCAGAUGGGAAUGGGAUCCUCGGAAGAGAAGCUCAGGUUGUUGAGAUCACUUCUUGUUCUCGCGGAGAUAAGGUGCAGUAGGCAUGAAAUUUUGAUUGAUCAUCUCUUGGUUCACAAUCAAGCUUGGAUUAAUAGCAUUGCUUGCCAAUCACUUUUGCUGUGGAUAGAUCCUAUGGAUCAGAACAAUCAGAAGGUGAUAGAAAUGCAUCUCCAACAUACUUAUAGUUCUGUGACAGCUAAAGUCGUUGGUAGCUACAUCGAUAUAUUCUUACGAAUUCUACCAGCUUCCAUUAGAGAUUAUAAUUACAGAGAAAUUCUUGAUGAGGGGCUUAUAUUCUUGAUUGCUCUUGUGAUGGAAUCACCAAAGAAAGGGGUUCUGAUACCAACAGGUGUCUCUGUCGAUGAGGUUAGAUUUCUCAUGCACUCAUUCCUUUCAGGGAGGAGGAAAGAGCACAUUGCAAAAGAUAGGGAUGUUUUUCCAGAUUAUGUAGAAGAAUUCUUAUUGGAGAUCAAUAAAGUCAAAGCAAAGGCAAGGGAGUUUUAUACCCAAGAUAUUCAUAAGUUGAGGUGGUUCAGGUCUCCCUUGACAAAUGGAAUUGGAUUUAUUGAUUCUCUGUUGGAAAAACUGAAGGAAACAUUGGAGGGCAAGGCAAAAGUGCUUUCCUUUGGAAGACAUCAAGUUGGAGUAAUCCAAGAGGAGCUGAAAUCCGUCAGGCCAGAUCUCGACAAUAUAUUGGAGCUGAAAAAUGACUCUGAGGAACUCAGUGCUCUUUGGACACAAAUUGUCAAUGUGGCAUACCGGGCAGAACAUGUUAUUGACUCUUGCUUGAUUGGAGAUGGUCAAAUUUCCUACCAUGUUAUAUGUCUUUCUGAUAUCAUAGAAGAAAUUAAGCUCAUUAAAAAUGAGUUUAGGAAAAUCAGAAGGAAGGAAGUCUACAUCAGAAAAAUCAGUGGCAACAAGGACUCAAGUAGGACGCUUCCAGCUCGAGCUAAUACUUCAAAACUUGAUGAAAUUGUGGUGGGGUUUAAAGAUGUAGCAGAAACAAUAAUGGAUAAACUCAGGGGAGGAUCAGCACGGCGUGACAUUGUUACAAUUGUGGGCAUGGCAGGACAAGGUAAGACAACUUUGGCUAAGACAAUUUAUAAUGAUCCUUUAAUUCAGUAUGAUUUUCACAUAAGUGCCUGGUGCUGCAUCUCUCAAGUAUAUAAAAAGAGAAAGUUACUGCUUGACAUUUUAAGUCAUAUUGUCACACGUGAUACAAUAAUUACAAUGAGUGAUGAAGACCUAGGUGAACGGCUUUGGAAAUGUUUGAAGGGACAUAAGUACCUCAUUGUUAUAGAUGAUAUUUGGGAUAGCAAGGCCUGGUAUGACAUAGAAAGAUUCUUCCCAGAUGACAACAAUGGAAGUCGAAUUAUGUUUACGUCUCGAAUCCACGAUGUGGCUUUGCAAGUUAAGGCCAACUCGAAACCACAUCAUCUUCGUCCACUAUCUAAUGACGAAAGUUGGGAGUUACUUGAAAAGAAGCUGCUAGAAAAAGGUGAUUGUCCAUCACAUUUGUCCGAGGUUGGUGAGCACAUUGUGAAACUGUGUAAAGCGCUACCUCUGGCAAUUGUUGUUAUUGCAGGUUCAAGACUUGCAAGUGAAGGGUACAUGGACAUAUUAGAGCUAAGCUACAUGCAUUUACCGGAUCAUCUGAAAACAUGUUUUCUUUACUUUGGAGCACUUCCAGAAGAUAAAGUAAUUAGCGCUCAAAAGUUGAUCAAACUAUGGAUUGCAGAAGGAUUUGUACGAAGAACUGGGAUAAAGAGAUUGGAAGAUGUGGCCAAGGAGUACUUUAUGGAUUUAGUCAGGAGAAGUCUAGUAAUUGUUACAGGAAGAAGUUCCACAGGCGGAAUCAAAACAUGUUACAUUCAUGAUCUUUUCCGUGAUUUGUGCUUAGCAAAAGCAAAAGAAGAAUACUUUUUUCAGUUGGUCAGCAUCUCUGGUGGACAUGAUCUUCCUCAUUUUUUACUAAAUCCCGUUAAUUAUGACCAAUAUCGGUUAAUGGUUUAUGGCGAUUGGGAUCAUUUUGUCAAGUCCAGACCUCAUGGCCUUCGCAUCCACUCUCUUCUAUUCUUCGCUGCAAAUUCUUUGAAUCUAUUCCCUUGUUCUAAUGCCUCUAUAUCUUUUGACAGAUUCAAGCAUCUUAAGGUGGGCAUGUUUAAAAAUGUCCCUUCAUCAAUAGUGAACCUCAAGACCCUUGAAACUCUUGUAAUCAAAUCUGUGACAUCGAUUGUGUUCCCAGCUAUCAUUUGGAAGAUGAAAAGUUUGAGGAAUGUGGAUGUCAAAACUGACUUUGUUUUUGCUGAGGAUUAUGACAGUUUUGAUUCAUUAUCAAACCUGGAAGUUCUGUCAACAAUUAGGAUUUCUCAUCCACAAGUUACAAUGAAGCUAUUUGGAAGGUUACCAGCACUUCGAAAACUCAGCUGCAUAUUCGUAAAAUCACAGUCAGGCGUCAGCUGCCCUUUUGAGUAUCGAUCAUUGUUCGACUCCUUGAGAAGGCUAGAGUCCUUGAAAAUAAUUCAAUGGGAAGCUUCAUGUCUCGAGUUUGAUCAAUUCCGAGCAUUUGGAAUUCCAAGAACUCUCAAAAAGCUGACUUUGUCAAGGCUUGGCCUGCCCUGGUGGGCAAUUUCAGCAAUUGGACAACUAUCCAAUCUUGAGGUUCUCAAAUUAAGAGAACAUGCUUUUGCAGGUCCAAAAUGGGACGUAGAAGAUGUACAAUUUCCAAACCUCAAACACUUAGAACUGUACAAUUUGAACAUUGAAAAGUGGAUUAAUGUCUCAACUGAGUCCUUCUGA